AUGCAGGAGAGCAACCAGGCGCUGCCCAUCGUGCUCUCUGACAAGUAUCAUGACCUCGACAAAGACCGGGGCGACAUUAUCUACUAUUCUGGCCCGAACAGCCGUACCAACGAAGACCCAGACAAGCACAAACCGUCGACCUCUGGCACAAAGCCUCUCAAGGCCUCUCUAGAUGAGUUCAAGGCGCUGUACCCUGCCGACAUCAGAUUGCCCCUGAGCAUGACCGCGGAGCGCAUUUGA